AUGCUCUUACGUCCUGCCAAGAUAUUCUCACCGCUGCAUCAGCUACGGCAUUUCCUUGAAGCCAAGGUUACCGAGUUGGUGCAGCAGCAACAACCCACAGUUUCGUCCGCUGUCCACAACGCAAAAGCUCGAUUCUACCAUGCUUCUACAACGCAACAAGCCAUUUCGACUGCCACAGCACAAUUCCAUCCCAAAGCACCAGCGCUCUAUCAUGUCGCCGAGCAACAACAGCAGCGAUUACUGAAAGUUUUACAGCAACAGUUUCCCAUUGUCAAGGUAUUCUCGGCACCCACCAUUGCCAAACCUUACGCAUUCCAACUAUCGUUUGCGAACCCGCAGCAAUUUCGUACGAUUGUGUCCUCCACUACAACAACGACUUCGUCUUCGUCUUCAGUAAGCUUUCUAACUGGUCAAACGGAUGGGUUCUUUGCUGCUGCCAACGGGUUCUAUAACAGUGGCGGAGGACUCUUCCCUCGUACAGUGGUAGGGUAUGCUCGUACACCCUUUGCCGCUCGUCAAUUUUCGACCGCCAAAUCACCGUGUGUGACCCUGUUCCAGCAGACAGCAAAUAGUUCGUGCGCCAAUACCACUGGUGCUGGUGGGUUCUCACACAUCUCGUCUCGCUUCUUUUCGCCUGCCGGUUCGAAAAUGUCGUCGCCGUUCUCCAAUGGGAACGAAGCCCACGCUCGUCCUUCGCCCCUGUCGACCGCAAACAAUGAUGACGAGAAUAAGGAUCCUGCUUCUUGCAAGCCCAACAACUUGUUUUCCCGCCAGCAGCAAUGCAAGGGCAUGUCGGACUUGAUCCAGGAGGAAGAAGAAGAAGGACAAGCCUAUCCCAACAAGCGUCAUCAACCUGGGUUGGUUCGUCGUGGCUCUGUUGCCGCCGCCGCCGGCAAUGACGGUCGACGUCGCACUGCAUCUCGUAAUGCUCGCAACAACAGCAACAAGAACAAGAUGACUGGUGGUCCACAAUACGAUUAUAUCAUCCGUCACGAUGAUCUGUCGUUCAGAUACACGCCACAACAUUGCAAAGGAGGCACGACGGCAUCCACAACAUCCGGACGACAUCAUCAUCAUUGGCACUCGAGUCGAGUGAAAGCACCGCCUGACAAAACAGUUCAGCCCACGGUCGUUUGUUUAUCAUUCCAAUUGGACGGCGCACCCUUGUGGCAUUCAAGCGAGCUGCGCACUUGCUCAAGUUCACAGUUGUUGGAUAUUUCGCUGAUCCAAUCCGUGCAUUCGAUUGCAGAGACGUAUCAGAUGUACUUGGCCCAGGUGGUCAUGCUUUUGAACCAAAUCCAACGUUAUGGCAAGAAUUUCCGUGCUGUGUUGUUGAACGGUAACGAAUUGUGUGUCUUUUUUCCGUCUUCUGAACACUGGCCUGAGCAAGAUCGUACAGCAUUAGCCCGUCAAUGGUUGGCUCAGGUUGGGAUUGAUCCAAAUAGUGCGCACGUCGUCCUCAAGGAAAUGCCCUUGCCCGAAGAAGACCGACAACAGUCUCUGCAUGGUUUAACGACGGUUGGGAACAACACUAGCAAGGAGGCGCCUUUGAUGGAUAAUGUGCAAGACGCUGAAAUACUGGGUCCUGAAUACUUCAAAGGUAUCCAAGCAUUUUUAGACCAUGUGGAUGAUCUUAUUGAAACCGGUCCUGCAUUCGUACGCCACCACUAG